CAGGAUCAGCGUGACAGUUGUUGAUGUAACAUUGACAUUGACUGAAGGACAGCACCAUCAUCAUCAUCGUCAUGUUUACAGGGGUUAACUUCAUGAUGACGCUUUUUUACACCAGUAAUGAAAAAGAAACCCAAGAGACAACGUUGAUGAAGACACCAUCUCCAGCACCCAGCUGUGUGUCUAUGAAGAGUGACAGGUCCAUAGAGAAGCCUCCAAGCCUGGCUGGUGAAGAUGUUAUCCCUGAAAGCAGGCUUCAAAAAGAUCUUUCUCCCAGACAUAAUGCUCCCAGAUUCAAUAGUCCAAGUGAAAUGUCUGCUGUACCCAGCUGGUCUAUGCAAAGUGACCUCUCCAUGGAAAAGCCUGUAAGCCUGGCUGGGGAAGAUCUCACCACUGAUCCAAGAUACAUCAAAUGCGAAGCUCUACAGGAUCUUGGAAUAACUUCAGACUCCCAGCGAGAUUGUUCCCAACCAGUUCACGACCUUCUGUCCAAAGCUUUACAGACUCACAAAACCAGCAUGCGCAACAAACACCAGAGUUUAUUCGAAGGCAUUAAAGUGUAUGGAAACCAAACCCCACUGAACACUAUAUACACCCAGCUGUACAUCAUCGAGGGAGAGAGCGAAGGCAUGAAUAACGAACACGAAGUGAUACAGAUGGAGAAACAGUCAAAAAGACAGCGCUUCCACGACACGCCAAUCGACUGCUUAGAUAUAUUUAACCCUGAACUAAAUUACAAUGAAGAAAAUGUUAGGGAUAGGAACUUCGAAAACGGACAAAAGCUGCGAAUUGUGUUGACUAAAGGAAUCGCUGGAAUUGGGAAAACCGUGUCAGUGCAGAAAUUUAUUCUGGAUUGGGCCGAAGGAAAAGCCAACCAGGACGUCGAUUUCAUGUUAGUGCUUCCGUUCCGUGAGUUGAAUUUAAUUAAAGACGACCACUACAGCCUUCAUAAACUCUUGUGCGACUUUUAUCCCGAGCUAAAACUUCUUGACGCAAGCUUUUACCACACGUGUAAAAUAAUCUUCAUCUUUGAUGGCCUGGAUGAAAGCAGACUUCCGCUCAACUUUUUAAAUGGUACGAAAGUAUCCGAUGUAGCGGCGACAUCAUCUGUAAGCGCUCUGAUGUCGAACCUGAUCAAAGGUGACCUGCUUCCGUCUGCUCUCAUCUGGAUUACCUCCAGACCAGCAGCGGCCAAUCAGAUCCCUCGGACGUACGUCGAUCGCGUGACGGAGAUUCAGGGAUUCAACAACGCGCAGAAGGAGGAGUAUUUCAAGAAGAAAAUCGCAGAUCAAGACCACGCGGAGAAAAUCGUUUCGCACGUCAGGAGAACAAGGAGUCUUUAUAUCAUGUGCCAUAUCCCGGUGUUUUGUUGGAUAUUAGCCACGGUGCUUCAGCGAAUUAUGAAACAAAAUAAUCCUACAGAAGCUCCAAAAACUCUAGCUGAGAUCUAUGCUCACUUCCUGCUCAUUCAGACCAACGUGAAAAAUGAGAAGUACGAAGAAGCGGACGAGCACGAUCCCGAGAAACUCCUGGAAACAAACCGAGGCACGAUUUUAAAACUAGCGGAGCUGGCUUUCAAGCAGCUAAUGAAGGGCAACGUGAUGUUUUAUGAAGAAGACCUGAGAGAGUGUGGGAUCGAUAUCACGGAGGCUUUGGUGUACUCUGGAAUUUGCACAGAGAUCUUCAAAGAGGAGUCUGUACUGUACCAGAAGAAGGUCUACUGCUUCGUGCAUCUGAGUUUUCAGGAGUUUUUUGCCGCUCUCUAUGUGUUUUACUGCUACAUGACAAAGCAAAUGGAGGCGCUCCAGGUUUUCACGCCACCAAACAGAGACUGGGGAGAGGAUCUUCCUUUGGACGAGUUAUUAAAAGCUGCAGUUGAUAAAGCCUUAAACACUGAAAACGGACAGUUAGAUCUUUUCCUCCGGUUCCUGCUUGGCCUGUCACUGGAGGCCAAUCAGAUGCUUCUCCGAGGCUUCCUAAUGCACACACAUGGCAGCUCGGAGAACAUCAAGACUACGGUUCAGUACAUCAAAUGGCAGAUUCAAACCGAAGACCUUCCUACUGACAGGGCAAUCAACCUGUUCCUGUGUCUGACAGAAAUGAAGGAUCAGUCGCUCUUGAAAGAGAUUCAGGAGUUCCUGAAGACGGAGAAGCAAUCCGAGAAGAAGCUCUCAGCUGCGCACUGCACGGCGAUCGCGUACAUGCUGCAGAUGUCCGAUGAUGUCUUGGAGGAGCUGGACGUGAAGAAAUAUAACGCGUCUGAGGAGGGAUGUAGGAGGUUAAUCCCUGCUGUGAGCAACUGCAGAAAGGCCCAACUAGCAGGUUGUCAUCUCACUGUCAGUUCCUGUGAAAUCUUCACUGCAGCUCUGCAGUUGGAAAAGUCCCCUCUAAGAGAACUGGACCUCAUGAAUAAUGACCUGCAGGAUUCAGGAGUGAAGCUGCUCUCUGAGGGACUGAAGAGUACAAACUGUACACUGGAGAUACUCCGAUUAGCUAUUUGUAACCUCGGAGAAAAGGCUUGUGAGUAUUUGGGAUCAGCUCUCAUGUCGCCUCACUCGACCCUCAGAGUGCUGGAUCUCAGUAACAACGACUUGCACGACUCGGGAGUGAAGCUGCUCUCUGAUGGACUGAGGAGCGAAUACUGUAAACUGAAGCUACUGCGAUUAUCUGGAUGUUUAAUCACAAGUAAAGGCUGUGCUGCUCUGGAUUCCGCACUGACCUCGAACCCGAUGCAUCUGAGAGAGCUGGACCUGAGCUACAACCAUCCUGGAGACUCAGGAGUGGAGCUGCUCUCUGUUAGGCUGAAUGAUCCAGGCUGCAAUCUAGAGACACUCAGGUUGGCGUAUGCAGGAGAGAUAAGGCUUACACACAGUUUAAGAAAAUAUGCCUGUGAACUCACUCUUGACCCCAACACAGCACACACUCGUCUCGCCCUGUCUGAUGGGAACAGAAAGGUGACACAUGAACUAGACGACCAGCCGUACCCCGAGCACCCGGAGAGGUUCGAUCACUGGAAGCAGGUGAUGUGUAGAGAGGAGUUGCACGGACGCUGUUACUGGGAGGCCGAGUGGGCUGGGGGAGAAGCUGUGAUCUCCAUGAGUUACAAAGGAAUACGUCGGAAGGGAGGCAGGGGCGACUGCGUGUUCGGAUCCACAGAUAAGAGCUGGAAGCUGGACUGCUCGAGUAACAGUUACACCGCCUGGCACAACAAGAAGAGAACGGACAUACCCGCCCCUCCGUCCUGCUCCAACAGGGUAGGAGUGUAUCUGGACUGGCAGGAGGGUUCUCUGUCUUUCUACAGCGUCUCCUCUGACAAACACACACACCUACACACUUACCAGGCCACGUUCACAGAGCCGCUCUUCGCAGGAUUCUGGGUCGACUGCGACUCGUCUAUAAGUGUGUUUUGACAUGGGGUCAUACUGAGCACACGGAAAAAAAUAUAUAUUUAUUUGUAUUUAUUCUUCAUUGCACUUUAAUACAGAAUGAGUCAAACAAUUCUGCAAUCCGAUUGGUCCAAAAUUGUCAGUUCAAUCAUUGUAAUCCAAAAAAAAGCAGUUCAGGAAAUAGUGAAAGCAUGUUCAUGACUAAAACAUGACUUAAGAUUUUGUAAACAAUGACAAAAAGCACCAAUCAGUUCUUUUUGCAAUCAGAUGUUUAAUGACACAAAUACCUAAUAUUUGAAAGAUGAACUAAGGAUUUCGAGGAAAAUGAAGGCUUUUGCGAAAUCCCCAUUGUGUUGUGCUGUUUGUACUGUUUGUUUUGAGAAGUGAACUCAAUGAUUUGCAAAUAUUAAGAAUGAUUCGAGAAAUGCUCUAAAGCAACAGAGAAAAAAUGAAUCAUUCAUGCAAAGGGUCAGAGCUUUUUCCUUCGAGCAGCAUUUGUAUGUUUUUGGCAAUAUUUGUUGUCAUAUAAAUGAUCAAAUCUGACUGAAAAGGCAACCCAAAUGAGAUCUGGCCGUUCGAAAUGUGGAGCUCAGAAGCAAGUAAGAAUUCUGUAGUUAUAAAUCAGACUAUUUUGUGCAUGGCAAAAAAUCUGUCGCAUUAUUUUCAGCAUUCUACUACAAUAUAUUUAUCAUAUAUUCAGAUAUGUAUUAUGGAAUAUUUAUUAAUUAGCAUAGUUAUACUUCAUAUAUUUAACACACCGAUAUAUUGUACUAUUUACUACUCGUUACUUAUUUGUUUACAGUUCUGUGCUGCUUUUUUUUUUUUUCGGGGAGGUUUCAGGGUUUUCUUUAUUUUUUUUUUUUUUAGCACUUUUACUUCUUUUUACUUUUGCAAGUUUGAUGUUGUUUUGGUGUCUGUGGUAAUAUGUGUGGUCACUGGAUUUUCCCAGGGCUUCCCCCUGAGUGUGAUGUGUGUCAGCGUAUCUGUUUGCUGUGGAUCGUCUAAUCGCUUUCAUCAUCCGUGUUACUCUUUGUUACUUGUAUCAAUAUUGAGUUAUAUAAUAUAUGAUUAUUUUGAAACGCUUCAGUGCUCCUCUUAAGCCUUUGUUUAAUGUUUCAGAUACGCACCAAUCCUAUCUGAUUCAUACGACUUGUCUUGCUUGAGUUUGUUACAUCAUUCUUUUUGUUAUUGUCUCCGUCUUUCGACCUGCAGUUGGAAUGUAUAAUGUAAAAAAGUUUUUGUGUGUGUGUGUGUGUGUGUAUAUAUAUAUAAUAUAUGUAAUAUAUGUAAUAUAAAUUAUAAAAUUUAAAUCCA